UUGAGGCAAAGAACGGGGACGCGCGUCUGGCAGAUCUCCGCCAGCCUUCCUGCUCUCUUCCUCUCUCUCUCACACACACACACAACAUCGGGAGGAGAGCGCAGAAACGCGACGGCGGACAGGUGAAGAUGGAGAAAGUAUUAGGACUCGCCGUGGUGUCCAGCAUUUUAUGUGUCGGCUCGGUUUUAGGGAAAUACGUCAGAGGUAUCGUCAACACAAAAGAGGACUGGGUUUUCCUCACAAGAUUUUGCUUUCUGACUGAUUUUGGCCGACUGAACUUCAAGUUCCGAUACCCCAAGUCCCGAUGCUGUCAGAACAUAUUGCUCUACUUUGAUGAAAGCUCUCAGUGGCCAGCUGUGUACAAGAGGCCGGACAAGGACUGCUACCAGAAAGAGUCAGUGUUGAGGCCUGAAAAUAACCAGGUCAUCAACCUGACCACCCGCUACACCUGGUCUGGCUGUAUGGUGGAAGGCGAAGGUAAUGAAGAGAUGCUGAGUUGUGUAGGAGGUCGAAGUUUUCGUUCUGUCAGAGAGAGAUGGUGGUACAUCGCGCUCAGCAAGUGUGGGGGAGAUGGGCUGCAGCUGGAAUAUGAAAUGACAUUAACCAAUGGACAGUCCUUCUGGACCCAGCAUUUCUCUGCAGAUGAAUUUGGCAUCCUGGAGACAGACAUCACGUUCUUGGUUAUAUUCGCCACUGUGUUUACGCUGUCUUGUUAUUUUGCUUAUAAUUUAAAGGGAAGGCAGCUGCUCCACACAACCUAUAAGAUGUUUAUGACUGCGGCUGGAGUGGAGGUCUUAAGCCUGCUUUUCUUUUGCAUUUACUGGGGCCUUUAUGCCAGAGAUGGUGUUGGGAACGGCAGCCUCAAGAUAUUAGGGAAAUUACUCUUUUCUGUGAGCUUCCUGAUUUUCUUGCUCAUGCUGAUUCUCCUGGGGAAGGGAUUCACAGUCACCAGGGCAAGAAUAAGUCACAGUGGCUCUGUGAAACUAUCCAUUUAUAUGACAGUAUACACCAUCACGUACAUCAUCCUCUUCAUAUAUGAAGCAGAGUUCUUUGAUCCAGGCGAGGUGCUGUAUGCUUAUGACAGCCCUGCAGGGUACGGUCUAAUGGGUCUGCAGCUGCUUGCCUACGUAUGGUUCUGCUACGCUGUACUGGUGUCCCUCAAACACUACCCUGAAAAACAACCUUUCUACAUCCCCUUCUUCGCUGCGUACACUCUGUGGUUUUUUGCUGUGCCAGUCAUGGCUCUGAUUGCCAACUUUGGCAUCUCUCGCUGGGCCAGGGAAAAGAUUGUGAACGGCAUCCAACUUGGCAUUCAUCUCUAUGCUCAUGUCGUCUUCCUGGCCAUCACACGUCCAUCAGCAGCCAAUAAGAACUUUCCUUACCAUGUGAGGACGUCACAAAUAGGAAUCCUUCUCUCCAGUCCUAAAGGUAUGGGGGCGGAAAGCUUCCCUCAUCACGCCUAUGGGAAUAGCUCCUUCCUGGGAGACUCUCAGCCAAACUUCACAGAGCUCUUCUCCAUCCAAACACACCCAUUCACUGCAGAGGGUUCACUGGAGAGCAAGAAACUAACCGGAUGGCCUGAGGGACCCUGUGAAAACGAUAGACGAGGCGGUUGCUCGGAAGGGACCGGAAGUGCCAAGGAACAGCGAGCACAAGAUCAUCACCACAACGGCGGACCUGUCGUCUACAUUCUCCCCUCUUCCUCCUCCCAUACCACCACGCAGCUCCGCACACUCUCCCCCUCCUCCUAGAUUAACGUCCCACUUCACCGAGUAUUUUAGUAUGCAAGGGGCCACGGGGAUGGGCUCCAAUGCCUAGAGCGGGCCACAGAGGAACGGGCCAUGCGGAAACUACUUUCAAACAUCUAUGAGGUGGAAAAGAGUUCAAUAUUUCAAUAGAUUAAGUUAAGGCAAGCGUGAAAAAGCAAAGCCAUUUUCGAAAAAAAAAAAAAAAAAAAAAGUUACCAAACAUCCAUAUUGUUGAAUUUGUAAAGAGAAACGCAAGCUGCAGAACAUCAAGAGAGAGUGGGGCAUAACCUGCUCACACAGCCCCUAAAAAAAUAAGAAGCAAUAAAUAUUUCAGUGAGACGACAGAGUCACUGGAGAGAGAUAAUAUACAGGCAGUGCAAUAGUGACAGGAGACAACGUGAAUCUAGAGUAUAGAUAUUUCAAGCUUAAUGUGACAGUAGGAUAGCGAUGUGUACAGUAACAGUACAGUGAGCUCUUGACAUAUUUUUUAAUGCUUCGUUCAUUUCAAGUGGUGCCGUUAAUAUUUGUAUUUCCAUGCCAUUUUAAUGCAACAGAACAAAGUAUUCAUCUCCCUCGUUAUUUUUGUUUCUAAGUUUUUUUGGAGAAUUUAUGUACACAUUUUGUCUGUAAAGUUGAGAUAAUUUAGGGUUUAUAUAUUUUUAUUCACAUUGAAUAAAAGCAAAUACAGCUAGAGACUUUGCAACCUGAUGUUAAACUGCAAUGGCAAGAUACUUGUGGAACAACUAGGCCGUAUUUGUAAACCAUGCAUGUUUGUGCUUUGUCUACAUUCUGAUAUAUUCAAUGUAAUUUUGGGUGUGUCUAGUUUUCACAACUAGCGGUCUUCAUUUUGUAUGCAGUACACACUUGUUUAUAGAUACAGUACGUAGAGAAUAUUUAUCGCAAACGGAUGAUGAAUGAGGACUAGUUCAUCUUUAUCUCAGUCUUUCUGUAUCGUCAAUUCUGUGCAGGGUGCGUGGAGUUCAAAAACUAUUUGAACAGUUCAGAGUUCAGAUUCAAUUUCUGCAAACUUCGUUACGCAUUUGUACAUUUAAUAACCCUCACAGCGGUCUUCUGCGGACGUGAAGAUCCGCCUUUAUUCUGUCAGUGAGUAGAAAGUAAAUUCAUUCAGUCCGCUGGGGUUAUCUUAAGGUUUGUUUACUUGAGUGUAUGAUGAAAAUAUAGCUCUACUCCUACAGAAACACUUUGUAUUGACAGCAUGGAGCACUUUACCGUUUUUGAAACACUUAUUUCAUUACCAUCAGAAACCCGUGGAAAUGCAACCAUAAUGCAAUACAGUGAAAGACAAACGUACAAGUAAAAUGAGAAGAUUUUACCUGUAAAAUGUCCUUUAUCACUGCUGUUUUUUCUUUAUUUAUUGAACAAACAACCAGCCGUGGGUCGUAUUUAUGUUAUAUAUCAACAUAUCUUAUAUAAUCUCCAUCUGAAAUCGAUCUGCUUUACAUAUAAUCCUAUAGGUUAUGUACAGAAUAAUGACAUAUUUAUAUUUGAUUUUUUUAAAGAGAAGAACCAUACUUGAAUCAUUAAACCUGGGUUCCCGUGGUUUGGUUGUUUGGAUGUGCUUGGGCCUUAAGCCAUUUCUUUAAUAAACACUGAACUUGUUUUGUCUGGAAGCCAUCAGAAGAUUUCAAAAGGCUUUGCCAUGAUUUUUUCCUUCUCUUCAGUGAGUGUGCACAGCUAACAGAGACGAGAGCACACUUUUUGAAUGUAUGAUAGAUAUAUUAGCACAUCACAUUAGGGAGCACAGAAAGAUUGAGUUAAGCACAUUUCUGUUGCACUGUUCAUACUGAAUGCAUUGUAAUAGUGUCAAAUGACUUGGCAGUGCAUACCCUUUUUGCCAAAUUAAAAUGGUCUGUUUUACAACAA